GUGGGUGGUUGGGUGGUGUGGACCAUGGUGUUGUGGAGUGUUUGCGUGCUGUUUAACACUUGUCUGCAUGUGAUGGCUUUUGUGGCAGGUGGCGCUACUGACCGUGGGUGUCCACCCUCGCGGCAGGCGCUGCCUCGCUUCUGUGCCCAAUGCUGCUCGUGUUGGACAGAACCGGGGACCGGAGGACUGACAGCAGGUGAAGUAGAAUAAGUGGGGUGACGGGAACAACAUUUCUUAAUGAAGAAUCUGAACAAAUCUGCAAUCAGAAAAAAAGGAAUCACAAUGAAGAGUAAAAUUUGAAUUAAAAGAAGUCCCAGAAAAUUAACCCAUUGCAGUAAAUGGUGGAAAGAUGAUGAAAAUGAACAAACAAAAUUUGUCAUUGCUACUAUUUUUGGUGAACUUACAAGUAACAACUGUCCCUGAGCACCGGUUUCUGAAUACCAAUUGCAAAAAUCCAUUGAAGGAAGAAAAUCAUAGGUGUGCCUCUGCAUUCAGCGUUUUUGUUUUGUGUGCUGAUUUCUUUCUUGACAGCUGUGGGAUAGGGACAUUUUGGGACUAACCAGUGUCAUUGUCCACAUUCUUAUGUACUCUUGCUCAUGUGUUCUUUCCAAAGCUGUGUUCUGUCUUUCCUUCUUGGUUCAUGCAAAAAGUAAGCUGAAUUAUGUAUUUGUUUGAAAUGAAGUAGUUACAAAAUCUGUUUGCUGGGAAGGGUAAAAAAUAUGUUGCCUCGUUGGUCUUUCAAUCAAACCAUAGUGCAUAAGUACAUCCCAUUCAUCUAUAUACUAUUUACCCUACCCUUGAAGAUGGAUCGAAAGAAGUCCCCUGGUGUGUGAAAAGGUUUUUAAAUUCUGCUUUUUUAAAUUGAAAUGCACAAACCGUAGUCAACCAAUACUAGCAAACAAGGCCUCGACCAGAAGUGACCAGGAAGAAUAAAAUUUUUAGUAUAUCCAGCCAACAUGCACAUGUACAUUCUGGAGAAUUCUGUUCUGCUGAGUUUAAGCAAGUUACCCAUGACAAACAUCUAGCAGGAAAGCACGAGUCAAACAAUUAAAGCCACUGGAGUUAAGUGUGAGUCCAAUUAUGACUACUUGCCUUUCUGAUAAUAUGAGACAAAAUGUUUAUCAGAAAGACCUGACUAUGCCCCUUUUCACAUUACAAAGAUUCCCCUCCACAAACCCCCUACACACAGUACUGUAGCUUUUUGAAUUGGCUGGUAUCUUGAAACUAUUGAGUGCAUCAUGAUCUUUUAGCACCCUGAAACAAAGUUCAUUUUCCAAACAGGCUGUGUAGUAACUACACAGAUUUUAAACCUUUAUAAAUACAAAGUAAAAUGUGAACUGCCAAAUGAUGACAUUAGUCAAUUGACAUUGUCCAUUUAUAUUUGGACAACUUUUUGUAGAACAUGUUUCUUGGCCAAAGCUUGGAGAAUAUGGAUUGAUUUAAUCACAUAAUUACUGGUAUACAGUUCAUCCUAAAUGAGAACAGAGUAACAGACAAAUUAGCUUGGCUUGAAAAUGAAACCAUGUGCCCAUACCUUAACAUAGCAUUUGAUAUUAUGGAAAAAUUGAUUUGAUGUGUGUGGAUAAGUUAACUUAGUGAUUAUCAAAUCUCUCCAAGAAUUAAACGGGAAAUGGGGUUGUCUCAAACCUCGCAGUACUCCACCUUUCUCAAAAGCAGUGGAUAACUUCAAGAAUUUUCACUUAAAAAGGGGGGGGGGGCUAUUUGAUAUGACUACUACACGCUAACUGCCACUGGGUAGGGAUUGCAAUUAGUUUUCAAAUUUGCCAACAACACUCGGUAUUUAAACAUUAAAGUGAAAUACUGUUGGAUCUGCCACUACAUAAGUUUCAUAAGGAAGCUCUCUACUCAGUGAAAGGUACUUCACCUUGAGUGAGUCAGUUUAAGUGAAAAAUUCAGCACAGACAAGAGUGCCAAUUUGUGCUGGCAUCAUAAAGGACAAUAAAUUGAUGGGUCAAAUAAAGAAAUGCUUUUCUAUUAUAAAAAUAGUAAAAAUUUCAUAGAACUCCUAAGCACAGAAUUAUAUUCUCAAAGCAGAGGUUGGUUUGCAGGGAUAGAUAGUAGCCAGGAUUUUUGCGGGCUCUACCCUAGUGACCCAACCUCUGCUUGGAGAAUACAGAAUAAAAGUAAUGCUGUAUGCACCCCAAUUUAGAUAUGCACCCCUAAUUUGAGGCAAGUCAUAGACAAAUCUGUAUGGCUGAAACAUAAGAACUCACUUUAAGUACAUCACCCUUUUCCACCAAUCCCUUGCACAUUUUAAACCAAAAUUUAUGUUUUUUUCUACUACUUUCCCGAAGAAAUUUUGCAUAAAUUUAGGAUAUUGGUAAUACAAGGUCAAAAAGCGAUUGCUAGUGCCGUUGCCUGGUUCAGAUUUUGACAACACAAAAUUGUCAGUGUCAUUCUUAAUAAAAACAGGUCACUUCAAGUGGAGUAUUGAUAUGAUUUGAGUCAAUUCAAAGAUGCCCUGGGAAUCAAACAAGAAUCCAAGUCUGGACUAGGGCGUUUGUAACAAUUUUCUGCAGAAAUAAAUGAGUGCAUGAUGGAGAUUAAAUUUGAAAUUCAGUACAGGUGAUCUUAAUAAAGUGCUGAAUUUCACGUCAGUUUCAAAGUACAUGUUUGUCUGGGGCAUUCAAUUACUAAGUAUCUUAGAGGCAUAUGGAAUGUGACAUAUUCGACAUUCAGUAAUGAAAAUAAGCUUAACCUAAUUAUUACAAUUAGCUCUGACAUGGGGCCUAAGUGGAUGUUUUUGCUGCAUUAUGAUUGGCCCCAUUGCAAUGUAUAGUCUAAACAAACACUUAAAAGACCUCAAGUGACAAGACGUCUAUCUCUGAAAUCAAACCCACUGCAUUUCAAUGCUGUUCCAGCACCACGCAUACGACAAACUGAAUCCAGACCAUGAAGCAGACAUUGAAAACAGGUCUUUAAGUCUUUUCCUAAGGUUAGAAUGUUGAAUUUUCCUGCUAUAAAAGAAUCAAGUCUUUUGACAAAUUUUUGAGAAAAUCCAAGCGGGUCACUCUAAUGAUGCGUUAAUGAUACCCCACAUUUAUAUGGUGAAAACGAAGAAGGCUUUUGUUUUUAUAGAUUUGCUGAAAUUGGGAAGUAUGGGGAUGGGGCAAUCUUUACAGCACAUUUUCCCAGAGAAAGGAACCUUUGGGGAUACAAAUGGGUUCCUAACAAUGGGGGAGCCUUUUGUUCAGUAGUGCACACAAUGGAAAGCAGUGCUAAAAUCGGUAUUCUGCAAUGGUUUUAUAUAGAUGACCAAGGAUACAUCUUUUCAUUCUGAAAAUUGGUAACUGUCAAUUUUCCACAAUUAUCUCUGUUACAAGUUUGGCUUUUUUGUCACGUUCAAUCUUAGAUUUCUAGAGUAUCUCCAGGGCAAUUUUAUUCAUCGAACGUAUGGUGGCUUUGUUGUAGUUAAGGACAUGAAGCAAUUUUUGUAGGUCCAAAUUCUGCAUUGGGAAUGCAUGAUUAAGAACACUGCAUGCUGUGCAUACUUUAUUAGAUAAUUAUGUACAGCAGUUAAUUGUAUUUGUCAACAUCUGAAUUUGUUAUAAAGAGGAAUAAAUGACAGUGUUAAGCCCAAAUUCUAAGCCAUCGAAAAAUUCUUCUCUGUGGUUCAAGGUAUUGAAUUUUUGCUCUAAUUAUGGGGACAUUUUUGUAACACAUUAGCAUUGCAUGCAAAUUUUGUUAAUUGGUAUAUAGCUUUUUUUGUAGCAAGUGAAUCCCAAGUAAAUACAUUUUUUACAUAAUAUUUUUAUUGACCACUAAGUGUGGCCAGUUUGGGACUAAUUUGUAUAUUUUUGCAUAAUAUAUACAAAUUGGCAAAAUUCAUGUGGCCUGAAGUUUAUAUAGGAGGAACUAAAUGUUUCAAUGGCAGGGCACCAAAAUCAGAGAAUGCCCAAAUAUCAUGUGACAUUUCAAAUAUGUUCUUAAACGUUGGACAACUAGUAGUUGAAUUCAACAUAUUGCAUAACACAAUUUCACUGUUUCAUGCUUCAGAACAAUAUCAAGACUGGAUGAAAUUGUAAACUUUUAUCCCACCAAGUUUAGGGCCAAGUCACCAAAACCCUAUGGAGACUGCCAAGCGCUACAAAAAGAUCUUGUGUAAUUACUCCGAGACAAACAAAGUAAAGAGGACUCCGUGAAUCACAGAACCUUGUCCAGUUUUUCCCUUGAGUUUAUGAUGUUAAAUACAUUUCCCCAAAGCUGUCCUGAUACCAAGUAAAAGAGUUCAGCAAACUGAAUUCUGAAGGAAAAAAAAUCUAUCUGGAGCUGAAGACUAUUCAUAAGACUCAAUUAUGCUCGAAGCUAAAUCACAGGAUCAAAGUGGUACUGCCAAAUCACUGAGCAAUGACAACAAUGAUUGAUCUAAAGAAUUUUACUUUCUUGCCCAAAUGACCUAUUGACAAUACUGCAAUGUAAUCUCUCUGUUACCAUGGCAAUAAAAGGAUAAGCAGAAAAGACACUCUUAAAUCAUUUCAUAAUACUGCUCAUGCUGCUACAUUUUGCUUGAAAUCACUGGCCUUCAAAGAAGCAGAGCGGCGAGUUCAAAGUUUCAUCUUUGGCUGCUUGAAUGAAAAGCUCAAGUGUAACACCCUAUUGUUUACCUCAACACCCGGAAUCUCAAAGGAAAGCAGUGAGCAGGAAAUUUGGCUGCCCCAAAUUCCAGACUUUUCGAAGGGCGGAAAUUUCUUGUCCCCCACUGCAGGAGAAGAGGCAAGGAGCAUACCUGUGCCGUGCUGCGAAGGAGCCUGAGUUUCCAGACUAUGGCAGUGGAGCCUGUACUGGAUCCACCAUUUCCGACGGAAACCCGUUGUCGGGUUACCAGAACGACCCGGCUUUUCCCGAGGAGGUUCAGCGGAUCAUCGGCGGCAGCGCUGCGUCCCUCGGCAACUUCCCCUGGCAGGCUCGGCUGGACGGUCCCCUGCUGUGUGGAGGGACUCUGGUCCAUCCGUCCUACGUGGUGACGGCUGCUCACUGCUUCUUCUAUAAUGGGCAGGACUAUACGAACCCAGGUCACUGGACGAUCAGGCUUGGUGAGAUCUACCCGAACUCUCAAGAGAACACGGAACAGGCCAUCAACGCGGCCAGCGUCACCGUUCACUCCGGCUACAACCAGUGGGCCACCCCUGACUACGACAUAGCUGUCAUCCGUCUCCGCCAUGCCGCUUCUAUCAACAACUACGUCAGCCCCCUCAGUCUGCCCACGUACGACGCUCCGGACGGCACCAAUUGUGUGGUCAGUGGGUUCGGAGACACCACUGGAAACGGAAACCUCGCAAGCCGGCUGAUGUACGUGUACGUGCCCGUUAUGAACAGGAACACCUGUAACUACUACAUGAACGGGGCCAUCACCAGCCGUAUGUUCUGUGCUGGUUACGACAGCGGUGGCAGGGAUAGCUGUCAGGGUGACAGCGGAGGCCCGUUGGCUUGCCAGUUGGGCGGGACCUGGACCCUGUCGGGCGUGGUGAGCUGGGGCAACGGCUGCGCUCUGGCCGGCAACCCAGGCAUCUACACCCGGGUCACCCAGUUCAGAAGCUGGCUGUCACAGAAUACGGGCUAUGCUAUAUAAUCGAACGGUAGCAACGCUUCUCAACCAACUGACUACGCAGUUCUUUGGUAUUAUCAAGGUUCUGUGGUAGUCAAACAGGCUUGAGGAGAUUAUGGUAUGGAAAGAGGCACGUUGAAAGAAAAAAUACAUGACUUGAAUUGUAUGAAAUGUUGAUCAACACACAUUGGUUGCUGCAAAGUAUUGUGAAAAACAAUUCACAAUAAAAAGGUGUCGAA